CGUAUAGACCGAUCAGCUGUUAAUUUUCCACAACAAUAACAAAGGGAGCAGUUGAGACCUCGGAGGAGAAAAGAAAAAGAACCGACUGCUAAACUCCGAACUAAAGGGUCCAUAAACUUUUAAUUUCUUCCAGGAAGAAUUGUAUUUAUAUAUUUUUAUAUAUCGCUCGACAAAAAUUCUACCUCAUCUGUUUUUGUUCUUGAAGUCAACCCUCUUCCUGUUUACAUUACUUUUUGCCGCAGGGCCUGUUUUUGCACAAUCAACAAAAGCAAUGGCUGAACUUCAUCAGGUGUUCCUCAGCUGAGAAGGAGUAACUAAUGCACUUCAGCACCUUUAUUAAGAUCUCAGUGAGCGGCUCCCGCAGCUGAUGACCAAAGAGCUCGGCCCUCGCCCACUCCCAGCAGGACUGUCCAGCCUCACGCCUCUGCCCGGGACAAAAACAUGUUUCAGAGGUUCACCAGCAUCUUGUUUGGAGACUCCCUGGAGGAGGGCAGUGGAUGUCCUGUGGAUCCAGACUUCAACGAGAAGGAGGAGGACGAUGAGUGGAUUCUGGUCGAUUAUCUAGCGAAAGCCUGCUCCGGUGUGUGUGGAGAUGAUCUGGUGGAUGUGUGCUCUGACAAUGUCGCUCCCCUGGACUCUCCUGUGCGCUGCUCCUCCUGCUCCUCUCUGGAUUCGGCGACAGACACAGACGCAGAGGACGUCAACUUCUUGCGUCUAGAGGCGACAUGUGGGCUUGAAGAGAGCUGGUUCAUCACCCCUCCGCCAUGUUUCAUGGCUGGAGGCAGAGCUCCGGUCCUGCUAGAGACCAGUCCUCUGGAGAACCUGCUGAUCGAGCACCCCAGCAUGUCCGUGUACGCCGUUCACAACCCUCGUCAACGACCUGCCAAGGACGCCACCCGUGAGCCAUCGAUUUUAAGAUCUGAAGUUCAGCGUCGGCCGAGUCACCCUUCUGGCUGCUACGCAGCCGCUCUGGUCGCUGCUCACGCAGGGUUUCUGGAGCAGACCAAGAACGUCCGUCUGGCUCAGCGCAUCCGUGACAAUGUGGAGCGCCAGCAGCUGUCCCGCAACGCCCUUCGCCGCCUCAACCUGUUGCGCGAAGGCGGAACCAGACAGGCCAAAGCCACCGGAGGCUACGUUCACCAGCCGGGACAGAGGCAGUACAACUACUGAAACGGUCCCAACUGCACUCCCCCGUCCUCCCCUGCACGCCGCCCUCUCCUCACUGGGAGAAUUCGCCAGAAGGAACGGAGUCCUUUAGAAUCAAUGCCAUAGGUCACUUUACUUCACGGCAGGUUCCGCUCGACCUGAAUGUGUCUGCAUCACGUCACGCGUUUCCUAUAUAAGCUCCAUCUGUUAUGUUCGGUCUUAUGUUAUAUGUCAUGAAGGUUGAAUAACCAAGUGUUUUGUUAUAGUGAGCAUGAUGUUGUAGUGCUCUGUUUCGAGCAUGUGUAGGCAGCUUGACGCUUUCGUUGCUUUUUUUGAAGCCAUACUAAUUUCAAUCGCAUCAGUGAUGAAAUCAUCAGCAGCACUUUUAUGGUUAGGAAGGAACCUGCCUGUGACUCUGUAGAUCAGUGCUUUCUUCCUCUUUGUUUUUUGUUUUUUUCCUCUUUAAAAAAAAUGGUAAAGUAUACUGGGUUUAUUAUCACUAAAAGCCUUGUUUCCAUAGUAGAUUUCAAAAUAUAUUUAAAAAACUUCCAAAAUAUUUUCAAAAGAAAAAAAUAUUGAAUAUAUUACAUAUCAGUAUGAAGUUGAUAAGAAUGUGUGUUAUCGGCAUAGAUAUGUAUGUAAGCAGUUUUUUCCUAUUUUUAGUGAUUGAUUUGAUGUAUGACUGUAUAGUGCUAAUUUUCCAACAGGUGAGAAAACCAACA